AUGUCAGCAGGUCCAGAUGAUCCAGUGAUCCGGAUUCUUCUGAUGGGCAGAAAGGGUUCUGGGAAAAGCUCAUCUGGAAACACGAUACUGGGAGAAAGAAAGUUUAAAGUUAAAAAGAAGCAUGAGUGUGAAGUUUGUAAAGAAGUAACCCAGAUUGGAGAGAAGCAGGUGCAUGUGAUUGAUUGUCCAGACCUACUGGUUCCAGAUCUGAAUAAAGACAAGCUGGAGAAACUGAAAGAGCAGCUGGUCUCUCAAUGUUCAGCAGGUCUCAGUUCAGUUCUGAUCACAGUUCCUUUAGAGGAACAUGUGGAAAAAGAGGAAGAGAUCCUGGAUUAUAUUAAGUGUUUAUUAGGUCCUGAAGUUCAGAAGUACAUCAUGAUUCUGUUCACACAUGGAGAUGAUCUGGAGGAGCUGGAGGAGACCAUUGAUGAACAUCUACAAAACCAUGAAGAUCUUCAGCGACUGGUGACUGAAUGUGGAGGAAAGUUUCACUGUUUCGAAAACAAGAGUAAAUCACAAGAUCAGGUACAAGAACUACUGCAGAAGAUUGAAGGAACGAUGAUGGAGAAUGGAGGGAAGUUUACCAUGGAACAAAUGAGGAGGAGUGACAGCAAGAACACUAUUGUCAAUU